AUGGCGGAGGAGUCUCCGAAGAACGUUGCCAUCGAGAUCGUGCACCACGAGCACGGGUUUGAGCUGCUGCCCAAGUUCGUGCCUGAGUUCCAGGAGUGGCAACGCACCAGCGGGACGACGGGCGGCAUGAUCGGGGCGCUCAUUUCCAUGGCGUUUUUCGACAAGAAGGAGAGCGGGGACCUCUUGACGAAGGACAUGAAGACGGGGGCGCGGCAUGAGCUGGUGAACAGCAAGAUCUGGCGCUCGUUCCUGGAUGACGUCUUCGACUACCAGCUCGGGCUGGCGCGCGGGGCAGCGGGCGAGACGGAUGCGGCCCGGUUUCAGGACGCGCAGCGUUUGCUCGCGCACAGGCCAGGCCAUGCGGAGUUUCUCGUCAGCAGCGAGAUCCACGGCCCGGCGCCCGAGGUGGACACGCAGGCGUUCCUGAUGGGUGACCCGAAGCGGUUCGAGCUCUUGCAGACAUGGCGCCCGGAGGACCCGCGCUUGACGUUUGUGCGCUUCGCGGAGCCCAGCGCCAGCGCAGACUUCUCGAGCGCGUCAUCUGCAAAGGUGGCGAACGAUCUCAAAGCUUUCCUGGAGAUCGCUGGCGACAGGGCGGACUUGGUGAAGAAUUCCACUGUGAAGGGCUUGCUGACCUCUUACGUGAAGAUCAAGGAGACCUCUGGCGACCCUGCGCUGUCGCGGGAGUUGCUUAUGGAGAUGGCAGAGUACAGGUUGGACUGCCCGAGACAGGGGAGAGCGCAGGUUGCCCUGCCCGAGUUCUCCGCGGACGGCCUGGCUGCGAUCUUGAAGCUGCUGCAGGGCCGGAUGAACAAGCAGCAGUGCCCGAUGCAUGCCCACGUGUUCGCAGAGGCGAAGGCCCGCGGCGACGCAGAGGCUGGGAAGGCGAGCGCGGCCAGCCAGGGGGAGAUAGGGGUCGCCGACGCCGCCGGCAAGCCGCCAGAGGCUCAGGCCGGGCCCGCGGCGGGCAGCCUGGCCGACGCCGCUGCCCAGCCGCCAGAGGCGGGGGCCGCGGCGGGCAGCCAGGCGGGCGACGCUGCCGAGGCCGAGGUGCAGGAUCAGGAGAAGCUGGGGACAAAGUCGAGGUUCUCGCGAAGGGCGAGUGGGCGGGGUUGCGCGCUGAGGUCGUGCGGGUCACGGACACGCAGUGCGCCGUGA